AGUAGGAUACUCAGCCUACCAAAUGGAUCAAGCAAAGAAAGACGUGCUUAAAAACUAUGUAACAGCAAUAUGCAUCCUAAUGCCAACUGGCACCUACCAGGAAGCAUCUGAAAACAAAUAGUCCAACGAGGUGCACUUGUUAUCAUUGUGCUUGUUUAUAAAGAUUGUGAAAACUGAACAUUCAGAAUGCAUGUUUUUCUUUCUGAUGACAGGUAAACAGGAAUAAACAUUAAUGGGAGAAGGAAACCAAACUUCUGUGGCUGAAUUUAUCUUGCUGGGACUUUCACAGGAUCCAAAGAUCCAGAUCCUGCUGUUCUGUGUUUUCCUUACCAUUUACCUUCUCUCUAUGUUUGGAAACCUGCUUGUAAUAAUCCUCAUUCAAAGUGACUCUCGACUUCACACUCCCAUGUACUUUUUCCUCAAAAACUUGUCCUUUGCUGAUCUCUGUUUCUCUACAAGCAUUGUUCCUCAGAUGUUGGUCCACUUCCUCGUAAAAAGGAAAACCAUUUCCUUUGCUGGAUGCUCACUGCAGAUAAUUGUCUUCCUUUUAGCAGGGUGUACAGAGUGUGCACUUCUGGCAGUGAUGUCCUAUGACCGCUAUGUGGCUGUCUGCAAGCCCCUGUAUUAUUCCACUGUCAUGACCCAGAGGGUUUGUGUCCAGUUGGCCAUAGUGUCUUGGAUCAGUGGGGCAUUUGUAUGUUCAGUGGACAGUGCAUUUACACUGUGUCUCCCCUACCAGGGACAGAAUAUAAUUAAUCAUUAUUUUUGUGAACCUCCUGCACUCCUGAAGCUGGCUUCAGCAGACACCUACAAUGCUGAGAUGGCUCUCUUUUCAAUGGGUGUGAUUAUCCUCUUAGCACCUCUCUCCCUCAUCCUUGUCUCCUACUGGCAUAUUAUCUCAACAGUGAUUCAGAUGCAGUCAGAGGAGGGGAGGCUCAAGGUCUUCUCUACCUGUGGCUCUCAUCUCACUGUUGUGGUUCUCUACUAUGGCUCUGGAAUAUUUGCCUACAUGAGACCCAAUUCCGAGACAAUGAAUGAAAAGGAUCAGGUCAUCUCUGUGUUCUAUUCAGUUAUGACUUCCAUGUUGAACCCCAUAAUUUAUAGCCUGAGGAACAAGGACGUGAAGGGUGCUCUCAGGAGGCUGGUUGGAAGAUAGUCUGCCUUCAGAGGCAGUGAUUUCUGACAUUUUUCUUAAGCACUUGGAAGCUUAUGACUGACAACAAUAGCUCUACUACUAUCCUUGUCCUUUCUUUCCCUCGCUUUAUAUGCUCCAGUUGAUUUUUCUUCUCCACACAUAUUCAUUAAAUGCCUUUUCAGUGCAAGCAUUGUGUCUAGAACCUCAC